GGGAGAUGGCCCCGCUGCUGAGCCUGUGGCUGGCGGCCCUGCUCGGCUUGGCCCGGGCGUGCCCGGAGCCCUGUGCCUGUGUGGACAAGUACGCCCACCAGUUCGCCGACUGCGCCUACAAGGAUCUCCAGGUGGUGCCCACCGGGCUGCCCUCCAACGUGACCACCCUCAGCCUGUCCGCCAACAAGAUCACCUCGCUGCAGCGGCGCUCCUUUGUGGAGGUGACUCAGGUCACCUCCCUCUGGCUGGCACACAACGACAUCCGCUCGAUCGAGCCCGGCACCUUCGCCAUCCUGGUGCAACUGAAAAACCUCGACAUCAGCCACAACCAGAUCGUGGACUUCCCCUGGCAGGACCUCUACAACCUCAGUGCCCUCCAGCUCCUCAAGAUGAACAAUAACCACAUGGCCCAGGUGCCCCAGGGAGCCUUCCACACCCUCAAGGACCUCCGGUCCCUGCGCAUCAACAACAACAAGUUCACUGUUCUUGCGGAAGGUAUCUUCGACUCCCUUAGUUCCCUCUCCCACCUGCAGAUCUACAAUAACCCCUUCGACUGCUCCUGCAAGCUCCAGUGGCUGAAGAAGUGGAUGGAUAGCACACUCAUCUCCAUCCCAGAGAAGGACUCCAUCACUUGCAGCCUCCCAGAGCAGCUCCGAGGAGUGCCAGUGGGGAAAAUCCCAGACGUGCAGUGCAUGUCACCUUCUGUGCAGCUCACCUAUUUCCCUAACCUGGACACCACAGAGCUCUUUGAUGGCUUCACCCUGACACUGCACUGUGCUGUGACAGGCAACCCCCCACCUGAAGUGAGCUGGAAGAUCCGUACCUCCAGCCAAGCCCUGGAGAUCAAAGGGAGCCCGAGAGAGAGCACUGGGAAGGACCUCCCCAAACAGGACCUGGAGCGCUUCCUGGUCUUCAAGAAUGGCACCCUGGUGAUUCCUCACCUGAGCAAGCGGGAGGAAGGCACUUACACCUGCCUGGCCACCAAUGAAAUGGGGAGCAACCAGACCUCGGUUAACGUGGCUGUGGCUGGGACCCCGAAAUACCCGCUGCAGCCCGGGAGGGAUCCCACAGGGGGCAAGGCACAGCCAGGUGACAGGAAGCCUGGGGCCAAAGGGGCAAAGAACAGUGUGCUCAUGCCAGACGAGAGGAACAAACCUCUCAGCCCCACCCGUCAGAGCCACCCAUCCUCGGCGGCUGGGACAGAAUCUAUGGGAGAAGGGCAAGUGCCCUUCCAGCUUCCUCCCUUUGAGAAGAAGUGCGGCUCCACGCAGGCCAGUAGGUAUAUCUCCAACCAUGCCUUCAACCAGAGUGGUGACUUCAAGCAGCACACCUUCGAUCUGGGUGUGAUUGCCUUAGAUGUGUCAGAGCGUGAUGCCAGGGUGCAGCUCACACCCACUUACACGCAGCCCGAGAAGGUCCACCUCAGAAUGCUCUACCUGUGCCAGGAGAGCAGCCAGGGCCACGCCUUGGUCCAGUGGUCCAAGAUCGAGGAAGGGGUGAACUCGUACUGGUUCCAGGGUUUGAACCCCGGUACCAACUACUCUGUGUGUCUCACCUACCUGGGGGAGGACUGCCAGGUCCAAGUGGUCUUCACCACCAAGAAAGAGAUCCCCUCACUCAUCAUCAUUGUUGUCGUGAGCAUCUUCUUGCUGGUCCUGGCCACCCUACCCCUAAUGGGUGCCACAUGCUGCCACCUCCUCUCCAAGUACCAAGGGAAGACUUACAAGCUCAUCAUGAAAGCGCAGAACCCGGACCAGAUGGAGAAGCACAUGGCUGCCGACUUCGACCCCCGCGCCUCCUACCUGGAGUCUGAGAAGAACUACAAUCCUAGCGAGGUGGGGGAAGGGGACAUUGAGGAAGAAGACGAGGAGGAGGAGGACGACGAAGGAGGGAGGAGGAGGAGAAGGAGAGAAGCCGAAGGGGCUCCGGAGCUGGAGCGAGACGAGAGCGUGGCAGCCGGCUCCAUGGCAGAGUCGCAGUCCAAAGCCACCGCCGAGGAGUUUGAGGUCCGCUCCGAGUACAGCGACAAACACCAGAUCCUCGGAGAGGGGUGA